AUGCAUGCUUCCCGUGCUAACCUGCUGCCCAUGUGCCCUGCUGUGAGCGCAGCAGGGAGAGGCGGGGAGGAGCAGGGGGGCUAUCUGCUGGUGCAGCUCGCAGGGGGGCUCAACCAGAUGCGCGCAGGGAUUGCGGUGGUGAUGGCCAAGCUGCUGGGGGCGUCGUUGAUGCUGCCACUACUGGAUAACUCCUCAUGGUGGGCCGACGGCAGAAAGGCGCAGGUGCUGAAGCUGAACCAUUUCGAUUCCAGGCUGCAUCACGAACUACCGCUGGACCUGCACAAGUUGCGCUGCAUGGCAAACUACGAGGUGCUGUGCUUUGUGCCGGCGGUCACCCAAGCCGUCACGUGCCUCACCCACGCCCUCACCACCCCUCCGCCACGCCCGCCUCCACUGCCCCCCACACUGCCGCACAUGCUGCUCAGGCCGGCGGUGCUGCAAGAGCAGCGCAAGGCGCACAAGGGCAGGGGGGAGAGAGAGAGCAGGUACGAGCCGGACAUGCUGGCGUUCACAGGGUGCGAGUAUGAGGGGGGCGCGGAGGAGAAGGCAGUGUUUGACUCCAUCCGACAGCGCUGGGCCAACCUGCCCGCCAUGGAUGCCGAGAAGCAGAGGGCCAAGGGCGUGUGCAUCGUCACCCCCUCCCAGGCAUGUGCAUCCAUUCUCUCUACCACUGUUCAGCAACCCACUGCCACAACCGUCCACCCUCGCUCCUCUCCCCACAACUCUCCCGCUCCUCGCGCCUUCCCCUUCACCACGGACAAGCACUCCCUCGCACACUCCCACGCCAUGGCCCACGCCCACACACGGGCACGGGAUGACGACGAGGAUGAGGGGGAUGAGGCGUGGGGCGGGGGAGAGGGUGGGGGUGGGAAAGGAGGGGUGGGUGCGGAGGGCGGAGGGGCGUUGGCAGGGGUGGAGGGGCGCAAGACGCUGCUGGCAGCGGUGGACUAUGAGAUGUGUCGGGGGGUGGCGCUGCUCGUCACUAACAACAAUGGCAACAUGGUCCACCUGCUAGCGGGCCACAGGAGGUACAACGGUGUGGGUGGCAUGGUGCACCUCUUUGGCUCCUCCAUCCACCGCCUCCUUGCUGCCAUCCAACAUGGGGAUCACGAGACCUUUCAGAAGCUUCGCAAUCGGCUGCUCAAGGGCGACCUUAGCACUCAGAGGGUGCACACCGGCAGUGGCAUGCACAACGGACCUAUCCAGCAGCUCUGUGCUCACAUUUCUCAUCAGCAGUGCCCACAACUGGCUCCACACACGGUCAAACAGGGGUUCAAGCAGUGGUGGCAUGGGAGCAUGGCAGUGCAUGGCUUGGGUCAUGCAGGCGCUGGUGUUGGGGAGGGGCGCUUGGGGAUGUCGCCCAGGGGUAAGCAGGUUCAGGGUUCAGGGGGUGAAGGUUCUGGCAAGAAGUGA